UUUGUUUUGGUAGAUCACGCCUCGCAGUCUGAAGAGAACGUGGUGCGACAGAAGCGCGUCAACGAGCCGCACAUCUGAGUGCGCCUGUCAAUCACAGAGAGCCACUUUUUGUUGUUAUUUCGCGCACAAAGACGCGGCGCUGGAUAACAACCCGAACGCGUAAUGACUCGAGGAGGCAAUUAGCCUCACAAUCUCAGCCUCUUCUUCUUCUUGUGUGUGUUUGGGAAUACAAACGAUUUCAUUGGCUCCUGUGGAUAUCUUGUAGCUGUUCACCUUUGGAGCACAAGUGGAUGUCCUGUCCCCUCCGCGCCCGGAACUGGCACAUGUGUAACUUAAUAGAAUCUUUUUUUAAGUGUGCUUGUGUGGGAACCUUCUCUUCUCUCGUGUUUUGGACUGCGAUCUUGAGUUGUCUAAAAAUGAGCAUCCACAGUGUGGCUCUGUCCUGUUUGGUGGCGUGCGUCCUCUCGGCGGCGGCGGCGGCGGACACUCAGAGCUUGCCCCAGGAGUCGUGCGCAUCCUGCGGCCUCAGGACCCCGGAUCAAUCAGAGCGGAUCAACAUCGACUUCCUAGAAGCCGUGAAGAGGCACAUACUGAACCGGAUGCAGAUGAGGGAGAGACCCAACAUCACCCACCCCAUCCCCAAGGCGGCCAUGGUGACGGCGCUCCGGAGGCUGCACGCCGGGAAAGUGCGCGAGGACGGCCGGGUGGAGAUCCCCAGCUUUGACGGACGGGCUGCGUACAACGAGGUGCACGCGGAGAACUCCGAGAUCAUCAGCUUCGCGGAGUCAGACCACACCUCCUCUAGCACCGGGCUGUUCUUCAUGGUCUCCCACGAGGGGAACCAGAACCUGUACGUGUCCCAGGCCAACCUGUGGCUCUACUUCCGCGUGCUGCCCGGCGGCCCCGAGAAGGGCCUUCGGAGGAAGGUGAAGGUCAAGAUCCAUUACCAGGAGGCUGUGGCUGAGGGAGGUGGUGCUGGCGGCGGCGGCGGAGGAGGAGGAGGAGGAGGAGGAGGAGGAGGAACCGGCCGCUGGGCUCUGGUGGAGAAACGCGUGGAUCUGAAACGCAGCGGCUGGCACACGUUCCCGCUGUCCGAGGCGGUGCGGGCCUCGUUCGUCAAAGGCAGCCGGCGCCAGGACCUGGAGGUCCACUGCGAGGGCUGCGAGGCGGCCGGCGUGGCCCCGGUGCUGGUGAACCCCGGCGACCCGGCCCACCGGCCCUUCCUGGUGGUGCGCGUGCGCCAGGUGAACGGGAAGCACCGCAUCCGCAAGCGCGGCCUGGAGUGCGACGGCACCAGCGGCGGCCUCUGCUGCCGGCAGCAGUUCUACAUCGACUUCCGCCUCAUCGGCUGGAACGACUGGAUCAUCGCGCCGGCCGGUUACUACGGCAACUACUGCGAGGGCAGCUGCCCGGCGUACAUGGCGGGCGUGCCGGGCUCGGCUUCAUCCUUCCACACCGCGGUGGUGAACCAGUACCGCAUGAGAGGGAUGAGCCCGGGCUCGGUCAACUCCUGCUGCAUCCCCACCAAGCUCAGUACUAUGUCCAUGCUCUACUUCGACGACGAGUACAACAUCGUGAAGAGGGACGUGCCCAACAUGAUCGUGGAGGAGUGCGGCUGCGCUUGACUCCGCCCUCCUCCGGCAACUCUGAACUCGGAGCAGUGAGAAAGGCCUUUCUGUACAAACAAGACGUUGUUGUACGGUACACAUAUACGAUAUAUCUAUACCUACUGUACAUGCGAGCAGCGCGCACACCGGCGCAUAUCUGGUACGCGUGCCAGGGCCGCGUGUGUGUGUGCGAGUGUGUUGUAUUUAUGAGUGACAUGCGUGAAGUCCGUCGUGGGCGACAGCUGGUCAGCGGCGGGGCCAGAAGGGAACGACUCCCACCAAAUGAUACUUUUGCUCUAGUUUGCCAUUUCUAGUCAAAAAAAUAAUGGCUCAUCAUCUCUCGAACGAAGAUUAACAAGCGCUUAAGGAAAGUGACAUUAUUGGCUCCGCCCCCGACACUUCCGGCCCCGCUCCUCCAACCCUCUUUAAGUACUUUGAGCACGUGACAGACUCUUUUUUUCCUUUUUUUUAGAAAGCACUGACAAUUCAUCAUCUUAUACAACUCAGAACGCCAGCACUUCCCCGACGAUGCCAACAGACACAGUGUGACUGUCCCCUCUGGUGGAAUUAGACCGGCAGCUCUUAAUGCCUUGUGGGAUUAUUAUACCCGUUGCGUAAAAAAAAAAAAAGGCAAAAAGGCAAAAAGAAAUUCCUCCACAGAGCUGCUGUUGUCCUUGGACCUCAACUUCCUGCAUGUCCAGACAGACGCAGGGGACAACCAGGUGAAGGUAGAUCUCACAAGUGCACUUCACUUUGUGCACAGGGAAGCGACAACCGAGAAAGAACUGGUUCCCCCCCCCCCCCCCCCCCGGUGACCCCGAGGCUCAGUGGACCCGGCGGGUCACCACGGUGCCGUGCAGCACCACCACAAACUGAAAUGCACACCCUGAAUAGCACUUGUAUAAAGAAAUGCCUUCCAAGGGGUACUGAGUGUCCUGUCCUCUCGCUAAAUAAGUGCCACAUGAGCUAUGCAAUGUAUAGUGACCUAUACCCAUACUCAACACGCUCUAUUAGACUGAAUUCUCUUUCCACCUGUCUCUCUCUCUCUCUCUCUGUCUCUCUCUCUUGCUCUCUCGCUUCUGUCCUCCACUCUUUAUCAAUACUUGAAAUGUAAUCUUUCGCUUCCUUUCCAAAGCGAAUGAUUGUUGUGACGUUUGCACUGAAAGGUUGCAGGAUUAGUGAAACAAAAACUGCCAUUGAAAAGUUAUUUUUAUAGAAGUACAUUUAAUUUUUGUUUCAAAAUGUAUUUUACCUAAUUAAUGGAACCAAAGAGGCCAAUAUUUUUUUUUUAGCUAUACCAAGAUGGCGAGGCCAUUGAGUCACUGUGUACAAUGUGUUUCUGAUCAUUCGCAAUAGGCCUACCACUGUAUCAGGGUACGAUAAAUGAUUUCAUUCCUUAGCUAUAUUUUCAUUUCUCUGUUUUGUACAAUAAGCAACACUUCUUUGUUUUUUUCAUCUUUAAUUCUAUUUUUUUUGUUUCAGUUUUCUAUUUAAUAAGAACGUUAUUUUUAGUUCCUGUCUAAGAAUCAUUUAGUCAAAUAAAUGUCAUCUGUACAGUUUAUGUCAAAUAAACAAAUGUUUUUUAAAAUAUUUUGUAAUUUUAAAAUGUGAGACUUUUUCUUCCUUGUCCUGGGUGUAUUGUGUUUCUGAUUGAAGGUGUUAUUUUGGGGGGCCGCCACCUCAAUAAAUAAAGAAGGCGAGCCUGAAAUAGUUGGGUACAGCACACACACUCCGUCUCCGUCCGUACCGGUUGAAACAUCUCAGGAU